GUUUGCAACAGGGAAUUUCGGACAUGCACAACACACUCCGGUAGGGAAUCUUUAGAGCAGACAGAACAGGGAGGUCGGGCGGAGCUUCCCGCCGAGGCUGACUCUCUCUGGAGCCGCAGGGCUUCACAGCAUGACCAGAGGCAGGAGCGGAGGCUGACCCACUUGUUCCUAUCAGCUCCUGAAGGUGACACUGAGCCCUGGGUGGCCCCUCACUACCAAAGCAGGCACCUGUCAGAUAAAGACAGCCAGGCCGGUUGUCCUUUACCUCCUAAGUCAGAGGGCCAGAGAGCCAGAGAGCCAUGGGCAAAUCGCCAGAGAUGUGGUGCUUCGUCCUGUUUUCUCUUUUGGCCUCAUUUUCUGCUGAGCCUACCAUGUACGGGGAGCUCCUGUCCCCUAAUUAUCCCCAGGCGUACCCCAAUGAAGUCGUGAAAACUUGGGACAUAGAAGUCCCAGAGGGGUUUGGGAUUCACCUUUACUUCACCCAUCUGGACAUAGAGCUGUCAGAGAACUGUGCAUACGACUCAGUGCAGAUAAUCUCAGGAGGCUUUGAGGAGGAGAGACUCUGUGGCCAGAGGACCAGCAAGAGUCCCAACUCCCCCAUUAUAGAAGAGUUUCAGUUCCCGUACAAUAAACUCCAGGUGGUCUUCACGUCAGACUUCUCCAACGAAGAGCGGUUUACUGGCUUUGCAGCGUAUUACACUGCUGUAGAUGUAAAUGAAUGCACAGAUUUUACAGAUGUCCCUUGCAGCCACUUCUGCAAUAAUUUCAUUGGUGGAUACUUCUGCUCCUGUCCCCCGGAGUACUUCCUCCACGAUGACAUGAGGAAUUGUGGAGUUAACUGUAGUGGGGAUGUGUUCACUGCCCUGAUUGGGGAGAUCUCAAGUCCCAAUUAUCCCAAUCCAUACCCGGAGAACUCAAGGUGUGAAUACCAGAUUCGGCUGCAGGAGGGCUUCCGAGUGGUGGUGUCUAUCCGGAGAGAAGAUUUUGAUGUGGAACCAGCUGACUCGGAGGGGAACUGCCAUGAUAGUUUGAUUUUUGCUGCAAAAAACCGACAGUUUGGUCCUUACUGUGGCAAUGGGUUCCCUGGACCCCUAACUAUUAAUACCCAGAGCAAUACUCUUGAUAUUGUCUUCCAAACUGACCUAACAGGGCAAAAAAAAGGCUGGAAGCUUCGUUACCAUGGAGAUCCCAUCCCCUGUCCCAAAGAAAUCACUGCCAACUCUAUCUGGGAGCCUGAAAAGCCAAGAUACGUGUUUAAAGAUGUGGUGAAGAUUACCUGUGUGGAUGGAUUUGAAGUUGUGGAGGGAAAUGUUGGCUCGACAUCAUUCUAUUCCACUUGUCAAAGCGACGGGCAGUGGAGCAACUCCAGGCUAGGAUGUCAACCUGUGGACUGUGGUGUUCCAGAUCCCAUUGAGAAUGGUAAGGUUGAAGAUCCAGAGGACACUACAUUCGGUUCUGUCAUUCACUACACGUGUGAAGAGCCGUAUUACUACAUGGAACACGGAGAAGGCGCGGAGUAUCACUGUGCUGCUAAUGGGAGCUGGGUGAAUGACCAACUGGGUAUGGAGCUUCCAAGAUGUAUUCCAGUCUGUGGAGUACCCACCGAGCCCUUCAUCAUGCAGCAGAGGAUAUUUGGAGGGUACCCUGCCAAGAUUCAGAGUUUUCCCUGGCAAGUCUUCUUUGAGUACCCCCGAGCUGGCGGGGCUCUUAUCAAUGAGUACUGGGUGUUGACAGCUGCCCACGUUGUGGAGGAAAACUCUGACCCGUCGAUGUAUGUGGGGUCCACGUCUUUGAGGAUGGAUCAAUUGGAAAAUGCCCAGAGGCUCGUCACCGAACGCGUGAUCAUUCAUCCCGGCUGGAAACAAGGGGAUGACCUGAACACACGGACAAAUUUUGACAAUGACAUUGCCCUGGUGCAGCUGAAAGACCCUGUGAAAAUGGGACCCACUGUCUCCCCCAUCUGCCUGCCAGGCACCUCCUCAGAGUUCAACCCCUCAGAGGGUGACCUUGGGAUGAUCUCAGGGUGGGGCCGAACAGAAAAGAGAUUUAAUGUUAUCAAACUCAGAGGGGCAAAGUUACCCGUAACCUCUUUAGAAAAGUGCAAACGGGUGAAAGAAGAGAACCCCAAAGCAAGGCCAGGUGACUAUGUUUUCACUAACAACAUGAUCUGUGCUGGAGAAAAGGGUGCCGACAGCUGUGAAGGGGACAGCGGGGGCGCUUUUGCUUUGCCGAUCCCCAAUGUCAAGAACCCCAAAUUCUAUGUAGCUGGCCUGGUGUCCUGGGGAAAAAAGUGUGGGACCUAUGGGAUCUACACAAAGGUAAAGAACUACGUGGACUGGAUCCUGAAAACUAUGCAGGAGAACAGUGGGCCCAGGAAGGACUAAGCAGUAGGUGACAACACCCCUCCAGGGCACAGCAAGCAUCGCUCUCAGAUUCUAUGGCUGUUUCAUUAUUCACAAUGAUGGAGAGAAGAUGCAGGAGAAUGGUUAACAAUUGGACUUGAUUGUCAAGAAGGCUGCAUGGAGGCAGAACUGAUCACUGAGCAGUGUUGGUUAUUUGGUUGCUAGUGCUAACAACAUGGCGGAAGCCCUUUUAUCUUGAGCUAUUCCACAGGGAUAUCUUAACCGAUUCUCCCCUCAUUUAACCUGCUUGAAAUUCCUUAUUUACUUACAAUAAAGUAUGUUUCCAACCCGGUUCUGGCUGGCUCGAGAGCCACAGAAGGAGAGGGAGAUUUGAGGGUAUCACUUCCUGGACUUCUGGAGCUCAUCUCUAACACUAUGCAGACAGGGAACACCGCCUUUUUUCUCUCUAAGUGAGAUUUACUGAAUUUACCGGGAAGUUAGAAUUGACUACUUUAGUUUUCCUUUGUGAGUUCUUUCAAUAUGUUUCCUAGAAGUUAAUUUUCUUGUAAUCCUCCUUUGUAUCAUACAAUGUAAUGACUUAGUAAAAGAGAAAGUGAACCUU